AUGGCUUCUCCAAAAUUGCUUUUCAUCUCGUGUUCCAUUGUUAUAUACCUUUUUUCUCUCACCAGUGCCCAGGAUGAACUGCUGAAGAACAUCUGUUUAUAUGAGAAGGGAAACUUCACCGCAAAUAGUAAUUACCAGGCAAACCUCAAUCACCUCCUCUCCUCUCUCACUUCUAACAAUGAAAUCGACUAUGGUUUCUACAACGCCUCGUAUGGCCGAAACACUGACAAAGUUAACGCAAUGGCACUCUGUAGAGGAGAUGUUAAGCCGGAUACCUGCCGUAGUUGCAUCCAAAAUUCAUCUCUUCAGCUCACAAAAAGUUGUCCCACCCAGAAAGAAGCCGUUGUAUGGUACGACGAUUGUAUGUUAAGGUACUCAAAUCGUUCCUUCUUUGGUAAUAUGGAAUCCGGGCCUUAUGCUUGGGCGUAUAAUCUAAAUAAUGUGUCGGAAGUCAGUCAAUUCCGCGAAGUCUUGGGAAAGUUGUUAAAUAACUUGACAAAAAAAGCAGCCUCUGGUGGUCCUCUUCGUAAGUUUGCAACAGGAAAUUCAACUACGCCAAGCUCUCAGUCCAUAUAUGCACUUAUGCAGUGUACUCCUGACUUGUCCGAGCAGGAAUGUGUUGAAUGCCUAAAUAAUGUGACUUCAUUGAUUCCGAAAUGUUGUGAUGGAAGACAAGGAGGGAGAGUUAUUGCACCUAGUUGUAAUUUUAGGUACGAGAAAGGUAUUUUCUAUGACUCUACAGUUUAUGUGGCAACACCCUCACCAUCAUCGCCGACUAAUUCUGCAACACACAGAGGUAUAUUUCAUGCUUGAUGCAUCACAAAAAUGAGAUCUACCUUGUUCUAUAUUUAAAAUCGAUCUUUAUAAGUGUUAACUUGUUUUGCAUCAAUACGCCUUGCGAAAAAAUAUUCUUUACAGAAUGACAACCAAGAUCUUGUUUAAUUGCAAAUAGAGAUUUGAGGA